CCCCCUCUGAAAUGUCAAGUUUUACUAUAAAGACAACAUUUCAAAGCAUGCCAAAUUCAGAAUAUAGUGAUGAAUUUACUGAAACUGAAAACGACGAGUACGAACCAAUUCAAGUAACAAGCUGGGGAACUGCAGCACCCUCCAACUGGAAUUCACUUGUAGAUACCUCUGUCAGGCUAAAGCCAGGUGGAGUAGGAACAGGAAAUCUUCAUCGAAAAGGAUCUAAUUAUACGCCGAUAUCAGAAGCAGAGGUCUUGUCACAACGACUUAGAAAUCCACCGCCUGGUCAAGGCAAGAAUAGUAAUAAAAAGAAAAAGAGAGGGAAAAAAGUAAAAGCGCCUACGACCAGUAUAAAGACAGAACCUAUAAUUUCAACAAGUGGAUCAAAGUGGGGAAAUGUAACGCAUUUGACUUAUACACCAUUUUGGUUAGAUAAAUCACAACUGACACCAUCUAAUCCACCUGUGUCCACAAAACAUAAUUGGCAAGAGCAUCGAGCUAUCAAUUUAAAUUAUAAAGAACAACAACAACAACCAAAUAUUCCUCGUGGUACCAAUAAUGAUACAAAAAAUGAUCACGAAACGUCUUCUACUACUGAUACUAAUGUAUGGGGGUUUCCUUCUUCGGUCCUGCCAGAAUCCAAACCUAUCAGUCAAUCUACAGCUCCAGCAUCAUUUAAACAAGCAGGGUGUGCCAAUGGCAACAAGUCGUCUAAUGUUACUGUGGAUAAAACAAAAUGGAAUAUACAUGCACGAGAGUUUAAUAUGGAUAAAACAAAAUGGAAUAUACACGCACAAGAGUUUACUUUACAUAAGCCCAUCUCACACAAUAAUACCAUAAACCAUACAUCCAGCACUUCUUCAAACUUGCUACAAAAACAGCCCAUGACAGCCAAUAUAUCUGCAGCCCCGAGCCUUGAUACCAACCAUUCGGUUGAUCCUUUGAAAGUCGAUCAUCACAGUAAAAUGACUGUUGAAAAAGAUACCACGAAACAAGUAGUUGAAAAAGAACUCACUCUUUUUGAUAAACCAGUUUGGUUCAAUAUAACGAUUCAACUUGCUGCUGGCAUGAAUAUCAAGCUAUGUGUCUAUGAAGAUUCAGAACCUACAGAUAUCGUCAACACAUUUAUGAAAUAUCAUCACAUCACAGCCAAUGAUACAGCCAGAAAAGGAAUCAUUAAAACACUUGAAAAGCUGAUUAAAGUAAGAAAGGAAACCAUGCAGCAAUAAAUCAUUAACAAUAGGAGUUUACUAUAUUCAUGUGUGUAUG